ACAAUAUUUACAAGGAUAUAAUUUAAUAUUUGUUAUAAAAUGAGUGAUAAUAUAUUUGAAAGAAUAGGAGUUUUUGAAAUUUUUCAUGUGUAGCUAAAAAAUAGAAUAUUACAUAUAAAUUCUACAAAAAGAAAAAAGGAAAAACUUGUAUAUAAAAAAUAGUGGUUUGGUGGAACUAAAGGCUUUACAAAUUUCAUAUAAUUAUAUUAUAUGAGUGCGUAUAUACGAUGAUAUAAUAAAACCAUAUAAAAAUGAAAUCGAUUAUCUUACAAUAUCCACCAGAGUAAAAUAAAAAAACCUGAAUUGGAUCAUAAAUUUUUUGUGUGAGCAGUUUCUAGUAGAGAUAAAAACUUUUGGAGUAGUUAGAACAACUGGGAAAAAGUUGAAAAAAUAAAACUAAUUUUAUUAUUCACUUCCAAACAAAGAGGAAAAUAAAUUAAGUGUCAACAUGCCUGCUGGUCGCGUUGCUGGAAAAGCUGGAUAUUCACAAAAUUAUUAUGAUGGACGUUCAUAUGUUGGUAUUAAUGAAGAAAUUAUGUGGGUUAGCAUUGGAAUGGGUAUAACAAUAGCUAUAUUAAUUGUUAUAGCAUUAUGUUAUAUAGCAAGAGAAAAAUAUGAAAAACGUCGUGCUGAACGUGAAUAUUAUGUGACCGCCUAGCUAGUUUCUGUUGGACAACAAAAUCCAUAUUAUAAUCAUUAUUAUGCUAAUAAUUUAUGCCAACAACAACAUUUUCAGGCACAACAACAACAACAAAAUAGAAGGAAUUUUCAACAGCAACACCAUCACCAUCAACAACAACAGUUAAUACAACAAGAACAUUUACAAGAAAUCUAUUUUAAUAAUCAUGGACGUGAACGUAAUAAUGUUGGUUAUCAUGGAAUAGAAAAUAAUUUAAUUGGAAAUGGUAUUUCCGGUGGUGCUGAUGAAACAUUUAAUAAUGAUAAUAAUGUAAUAGAACAAAAUAGAUUUGGAGAAAUUAAUAACGAUAGUAGUAAUAAUAAUAAUAAUAAUCAUUACGAUAGUAACAGUUUUGGUAAUGAUAUUGAAUAUCAACGACAGCAACAGGAACAAAAUAAUCAACAACAACGUGAACAAUUACAACAAAAUAAUCAGGAUAAUGUUGUACAACAGGAUGAAGCACAAGGUUUAAAUAUGCAAAUAUAUGAAUUGGAAAAUUUAUUAAGAGGUGCUAAUGCAGCAGUUAUUGAUGAACCUGAUGAAGAUAAUUCAACAGUUGCUUAUUCAACUAGCAAAAGAGCUUGGGGUUAAAAAUUGAAAUUACAUAUGUACAUAUAUAGGGAAAAGAGAAAAUAUUCUAUAAUUUUUUCUAUUUUUAUAGGUUAGAAAUUAUGAGUGUAAGGUUCAAGUAAUUUGAAAAAUUUUUGAAGAUUUUGUUAUGCUCAUGACGAUGGAGUUAAAAAAUAUGUGAAGCGAAAUUUAAUAUUUUGCUAAUAUUUUAGUAAAGUUUGUGAUUUUUUAAAUGCACAAGAAAUCAUUUUGUACUAAAUUUAUUUAGAUUUUUUUUUGGCUUAAAAUCGCUUACAACGAGUAGUAACUAUUUAGUAUCUACGUAGUUCUUUUUUGUUAUAUAGAAUAAUUUCCAUUUAGGCGACCGUGAUCCGUGUUUUAAGAAAAGGAAAAUUAUUCAGGUUUUUGUAAUUUUUAUUGUUUCGUGUAUACUUACGUGUAUACAUUAGUGCCUAAUUGUAUUCAAUUGUAUUUUCUCUAUAUUUAUAUUAUAUCUUUCCUUUAAGGAUAAUAUUUUAAUAGGUUGUUAUCUCAAAGGAAUUCAUUUUUUGUGUUGCUUUAUUGUAAAAAUCUUUUUCCUUUGCUCAAAAGAUUUGCAUUUCUUUAAGCUCUUUUUUUUACUUUUUUGUAAUGUCUACGCGAAUAAUUUAUGGGUUUUACGUUUCGAUGUUAAAUUUUAUGUAUACGUACAUAUAUAUACACACACAAAUGCGUUUUUAAAAAUCUUUGUUAAACCGGAAUAAUUUAAAUUUUUCUCAUUUAUUUUUAAGCGGCUAUAUAAUAUAGGAUUUCAAGAAAUUCGUAUUUUUUCAAAUUUUUGCUUGUAUAACAAUAAGGAAAUGCGGAUAGAAUGGCAAAAAAUUUAUGUUUGAAUUUGCCAAUUUUAAAAAACCAAUGUGAUAAGUUAUCAAGAGGAUGUAACCAUUUAUGUUUUUAUAAAUGUUU